AUGAUUUCAUCUAAACAACUUCAAGAUUCCCAAGAAAACUUAUCAGUUUCGAAUGAAAAUCAAAUACCUAAACGAAUUUAUAUUAGUGAAGAGAAUAUUAAAGCAGUCUUCGUGAAUUAUUUUCAAGAUCCAACAGAUGAAACAGCAUUUCAAGUUUUUACUUUGCUUACUCAAUCAGAUGGAGAUCUACUAGACGAAUUUUUACCUCAAAUCGAACGUUUAUUUGAAAAUUUAGCACAAAAUGAAAUAAUUAUCAAAAAAUCUAAUAAAAUCCUAAUGAGUUUACUGGAACAUAAUCAAUCAUCAGAAAAUGUUGUGUCAAAGCUAGUUGAUUUAAACUACAUCAAUUAUUUAAUAAAUUAUAUUACAUCGGCAUAUUGUUCACAAGUUCUUGGGAUGAUAAUAGAUUCACAACCAUCUAUUAUUGAGUUAGUAAGUGAUGAUACCAUUGAAAACGUUUUAAUGAAUCUAAAUCAAGAAAAUGAUUUUGAAUCUUAUUUGGCUUUCUUGUUUUAUAUUGAAGACACAAACAAUGAACGAAUUCUAUCAAAAAUUCCAUAUUUUAUUGAAAAAUUAAUAUCAAUUUUAUUAAUUUCAAAUGAUCCAAGUUUUGUUGUAGCCAUUGUUUCAUGUAUAUCAAUAUUUAUAGGUAAAGAGUAUGAAAUUACUCAAAAUCUUGAUGAAGCACAAAAAUCUUCUCAAAUUUUGCUUGAAACUUUGCAAAAAACAGAAUAUUGCUCUGACUAUCUUCAAGCGCAAUUGAUCUUCAUACGUUUUUGUGGAAAAUUCAUUGAUAAUGAUACAUUUUCUCAAAUUAUUAAAUCAAGUCUUGAAAGUGAUUCAGAGUUAGUAAAUAAUCUUGCGAUUACAACACUUUAUGAGAUAUCAGAUAAGAUACUUAACCAAUUAACAUCUGAAGAAUUCGCUUCUAUUCUACUGAACAAAUCAUUUUCAACACAAAAUGAAAUAGUAAGACUUAAUUUACUUUGUAAAAUAUAUAUUGAAUCAGAUAAUAAUAAAUUUAAAGAAUAUCUGUUAGAAUCUCAGCUAUUAGAAACAGUUUGUUCAUCUUUUGAAUAUAUCACCCAAUAUAGCCAGAUUGUUGAUAUAUUAGCUUUUAUUGCAGAUCUAACAACAGAAGAAACAUUAAGAGAAAAAGUUUUCGAUCUUUUUGAUGAAAAUGAUAUCAUUAAUUUAUUGGAUGAAUAUUUACAAAGACAAGAUAAAGAUGAAACUUGUACUGAAUUGGCAGAGUUAAUAAUCCAAAGCUAUGACAAAUUUGCACAAAAUGUAUGA